AUGAGACCAAUAAUAUUGCUUAACAUUUUCAUAGGGUAUUAUUUUUUCAUUGUCAUAAAUAGCGUAGUAGGUAACUUACCAAAAAAAAAUUCGUACUAUAAUAUUCCAAACUAUAAAGCAAGAAAUGUUUCAAAUAUUAAGAAUAAUAAAUAUAAUUAUUUUAUAAUAGACACAUAUAAUAAUAUAAAAAAGAAGAAUAAUAGCAUAUAUGAACAUAAUUUUAAGAACCUUAAUGAAAAAAAUAAAACAUAUUUAUUUAUUGAUAAUAAGAAAAGAAGACGUAAAUUUUUUUAUUCUAAAAUAGAGGAAAAUAAAAAAUUACAAGGGAAAGAAUUGAAGCCUUCAAGAACUGUAGAAAAACAUAUAAAAACGAAAUAUAAUUUAGGAAAUGCAAAUUAUAGAAUUCAAAAAGAGUUAAAUAAUUUUUUAAAGAAUCCACCAAUUAAUUGUACUAUUGAUGUACAUCCAAGUAAUAUAAGAAUAUGGAUUGUACAAUAUGUAGGUUUAGAGAAUACUAUAUAUGCUAAUGAAGUUUAUAAAAUUAAAAUAAUUUUUCCAGAUAAUUAUCCUUUAAAGCCACCUAUUGUAUAUUUUUUACAAAAACCUCCUAAACAUACACAUGUAUAUUCUAAUGGAGAUAUUUGUUUAAGUGUAUUAGGUGAUGAUUAUAAUCCCAGCCUCUCGAUUUCUGGAUUAAUUUUAUCUAUCAUAUCAAUGUUAUCAUCUGCAAAAGAAAAAAAAUUACCUAUUGAUAAUUAUACACAUGCUGAUGCCAAACCAGGAAGUAGCCAAAAUAAUUUUCUAUAUCAUGACGAUAAAUGUUAA